UGUCAGCAUUACAAUUUGGUACAAGUAACAGAGCAACUGCAUCAAUAGGCACUGCAACAUUAAAAGCAGCCAAAGAUGCAGGUUUUUUGAAAGAUCAUAUACUUGAUAAACACCUAGCUCUAGAUCAUAAAAAUGUCUGUAAAGAGAGACAUAAUAAUGAAGUUAAGAAAGAGGGCAUACAAUGUAUUAUGUUUGAUGGUAGAAAAGACCUUACUAAAACAGUUGUAUAUGGCAAUGAUGGUAAAUCUUAUCCUAGGGAGAUCAAAGAAGAUCAUUAUAGUGUCUGUUCUGAACCUGGUGGAAAAUAUUUAUUCCACUUUGUAAAUAAUUCAGAGGAGAGAGAAGCUUGAACACCUGCUGAACAUAUUGCUGAACAAUUGUAUGAUUGGAUAAUAGCACAUGGCAUUGAAAACCAAUUAAUUGCAAUUGGAGGAGAUUCAACCAACCUUAACACAGGUUGGAAGGGUGGAAUUAUUCAAUUUUUAGAGAAAAAACUAGGAUUCAAACUUAUCUGGAUUAUUUGUGCAAUACAUACCAACGAAUUGCCACUUAGGCAUUUAAUGUUAGCUUUAGAUGGAAAAACUUUAUCUGAAAAUAGAUUCUCAGGAAACAUCGGAAAACUUAUCAACAUAGCAACAAAUCUUCCUAUUUUGACAUGCAUCCCUCAGCUUGAUUUUGUUGUAGACCUAAUUCAUCUCGAGAAAGAAGUUGUAGAUUCACUGUCUACAGAUCAGAAGUAUUUAUACAGAAUACAUAAUGCAAUAGCAUCAGAUGUUUUUCCUGAUGACUUGAAGGAGAUUCAAAUUGGUCUACACAAUCAUUCAAGGUGGUUAAAUCUCGCAAAUAGACUACUUCGAAUCUGUUGCUCAGAGCAUUGUUUGAAAAACAAAGAUCUACAAAACUUGAAAUUGUUAACAGAGGUCAUCAUGGGUGUUUAUUCGAUUAUGUGGUUUGAUCUUAAGACUAAACAUAGCUGGAUUCAAGGUCCACAUCAUAUCCUUAAGCAACUAGCCUUGGUAAAAAAACAGAACAAGUUUGUGAAGGAUAUUGUAUUACCGCAUAUCUGCUCCUCUGCCUGGAAUGCACACAGUGAAUGUAUUCUUCAGACAAUGCUCUGUAGUUCAGAUGAAGGAGAAAGGAGAUUUGAGGUGCAAAAAAUAAGGAUGUUGGAGACAGAAAAUGCAGGAUUAGAAGAAUACCAGUGAUAAACACUGAAUCAAAUAAUCUAAUAGAUUUAAUCAAUUGGGAAACAGAGGAGAUCAGUGAACCGGUUUUUUUUGUUGUUUGAUUAGAGAUGAUAUUAUACAGUUUAUUAAUAAUCCAAUGGUUGUACCAAACUUCCCUAUUCACGGUCAAUCUAUUGAACGCAUUGUGAAAGAGGUCACCAGGGCUUCAAUGUCGGUGUUUGGUGCCGAGAGAAGAGAUGGGUUCAUAAAGGCUACAAUGGCUCAUAGAGAGCUGAUGCCUGUGUGCCAAUCAAAAAAAGAUCUGAUGAAAAUUUUGUAAUCAGUAUUUUAACUU